AUGAAUGCAUUUCAACAUACCUAUUCGAUCAACUCUACUACGUCAGCGAUGUAGUUAUAGCCAAGAGUGAUGAAUAGGAAGCUAACAAUAAGAGACCCGCGCACCCCAAGUCCACAGCCAGCGAGCCUGGGGCUGAGCCAAUGGCCCAGGCUCGCUCCGCGCGCCUAAGUCCCAGGCUCGCUUCGCGCGCCUAAGUCCUGGGCCGGGGCGCCCGGCUCACUCCGCGCGCCUAAGUCCGCGCCCGGUUCGCUCCGCGCGCCUAAGUCCUGAGCCGAGCGGAGAGUGGAUUCCUCACACCCUUUCCCGAUUCGGAUUCGCACUCCUCAGAGAGACUCGGCCUUGUACACAGCGAUGUGCUUUCCUUCCCCGAGCGGUCCUUGACUGGCAAACGUUACCUGGUCACAUUCCUUGACGAUUACUCGCGCAAACUCUGGGCCUACGCAAUCGGACACAAAAGCGAAGUCUUCGGCAUAUUCAAAACUUGGCUAGCCGAGGUUGAACUCGAGACGGGUGCGACGCUGAAGGUCCUCCGAACCGACAACGGUGGCGAAUACUGUUCGAGAGCGUUCACAGAGUUCUGCAAGACACGAGGCACCCGUCGACAAUACUCUAUCCCACGCACGCCUCAACAGAACGGUCGUGCAGAGCGGGUCAAUCGUUCCAUUGUCGAAGGCGUCCUUGCCCUCCUUGUCGACGCCCACCUACCCAAGACAUUCUGGGAGGAGGCUGCAGCUUAUUUCGUUUACUGCAAGAACCUGUGUCAACACGCGGCCCUGGACAAGGCAACACCAAACUCCGUCUGGCAGGGUGACCACACCACUGCCUCGGCGCUUCACCCGUUCGGCUGUACAGCUUGGCUUACGGUCGCGCCCGAACUUCGCUCCAAACUCGACCCGAAGGCGGUUCGCGUUUUUUUCACCGGCUACGACCUGGCUUCAAAAGCCUUUCGCUUCUACGACACUACAACACAGAAGAUUAUACUUGGCAGAAAUGCCACGUUCCUCGACACUGAAUUCCCCGGAUUACAUGGCGACCCCACUGAGCAAGACGGCGACACGCACUUCGCCAGCGCUCCCACCACCGAAUCUCAAACCGUUGUCAAGACAUGGACCCCACUAGUAAGGUCGGCGCACAUGGACGUCUCAUCCCCCCUUGAUGAUUCUGCCAUGAGCGCCGUUGACGUGGCCCCAGGGUACACUGGCGGAACCUUACUUAACUUCACAGAUGCCGAAUCGUCCUCGUCACCGUCGCCUGCGUCGCCCUCAUCACCGUCGUCUGCGCCAUCGCCUGCACUUUCACCAUCGUCGGCUGCGUCAUCGUCACCCUCGGCCUUACCGACCGACUCUGAAGACUCCGCCGAUCCCCUCGACCUCCUCGGCUCACAGCCCCAGGUUCGCCUCGAUCUACAGGACGUGCACCACCCAGACUUCAGCACGUACCGCGAGCCCGCAUCGGCUGAGGAGUCGCCCGACGAACUCGACCUCAUUGGGCGCCACUCUCGCGACGAAUCUCCGGACGAAAUCGAUUUCCUCACCCGACACCACCGCGCCUUCAUCGCCAUCGACGACGACACCUCUGACACAGAGGCAAUUCAGCCAGUCAAGUCCAUCACGAGCGACCCACAGACCUGGCGCGAGGCGAUGUCUAGCGACAAGCGUGAAGUAUGGGCCAAAGCCGCCACCGACGAGUUCACCUCCAUGCGCGACGACUUCAAGGUCUUCACCAUCGAGGACCGAGCCACGGUGCCCGCGGGUGCGACUAUCGUUACAUCCAAGUUCGUCUGGAAAACGAAACGGAACGCACUCGGCGAAGUCACUGGACACAAGGCAAGGCUGGUCGCGCAAGGCAAUCGGCAACGCGACGGCAUCGACUUCAACGAAACGUUCGCACCGGUCGCACGCUUCUCCUCGAUACGCUCACUCCUCGCGCUGGCGGCCGCCAACGGCUUGCACGUGCACCAGGCGGACAUCGACAAAGCAUAUCUGCAUGGCGACCUUGACCACGACAUCUGGAUGACGGCACCGCGCGGCUUCGACCUUCCCAGCGACAAGGUGCUUCGCCUGCGACGCUCCAUCUACGGGCUCAAACAGGCUGGCCGAAUCUGGAAUCGACACAUCGACGCUUCGCUUCGGGCCCUCGGUUACACGGCGACGGGCACCGACCACUGCGUAUACUCUUGGCUCGAUGAUCGUCAAUGUCCACACUACAUCGCACUGUACGUCGACGACCUCCUGAUGAUCAGCCCGGAACUGGCCGAAAUCGAACGUGUCAUCUCAGGCCUGGACCAACGCUACGGAGUCAAGCGCCUCGGCCCGGCCGAGUAUAUCCUCGGCAUCCAGAUCAGGCGGUUCGACGACGGCUCUAUCGCCCUAUCCCAGGAACGGUACAUCAUGGACGUGCUCGCUCGGUUCCACUUCGACACCACGACUCGCGGCACUACAGUUCCGAUGACUCCCGGCCUUUCGCUCACUGCUAUCCCGGGUCAAGGCACCGAACGGAUCAGGUCAUGGUAUCUGCAGGCUAUCGGCUCGCUCCUCUACAUUUCGCUCGGUACCCGCCCUGACAUCGCCUUCGCCGUGUCCUACCUGGCCCGCUUCGCCAACAACCCCGGUCGUCGUCAUUGGAUUGCGGUCAAGCACAUCCUACGCUAUCUCCGGGCCACGUAUCGCAACGAACUCGUGUAUGCUCGCGGCCAGGCUCGCAUCACGGGUGUGGUAGGCUACUCCGACGCGAACUGGGGGGCCUGCAUCGACACAUCGGUGUCCACCAUGGGCUACGUCUGUGAAGAGUCCACUCUCAGCUCGACAGGGGCGCCUCGGUCGUUGCGCGCACUUGCUAGCCCGCCCCCGGCGGUGGGGACUUAGACGCGCGCGACUGCCUCAGCGCGCCAGCGCCGGCGGAUUCAUGCGCGCGCCCGCUAGCCCGCCCCCUUGCGGUGGGGACUUAGGCGCGCCGGCGAUUUCACCCGCGGCUGACUUAGGGAUGUACAUUGUCACGCGCCUGGGACUAUCCCAGCGUGGCCCCCCCCUUUCUGUUUCUUAGCUUCCUUCUCAUCACUUCUGUUCGACUCUCAACCUCUCCUGACAGUAGUGGUGAACGUCUCAUAGGUACGCUGAAAUAGAUCACUUCUGUUCGACUCUCAACCUCUCCUGACAGUAGUGGUGAACGUCUCAUAGGUUAUAAGCCCACGAGCCACCAGCUGGCAUGACCACGACACCACCCCUCGCGACGGGUGCCAACCCUCCGAUUCCCGCCGAACAGCUCGCCGCACUUACAUCGCUGCUGUCGGGUCUCACCGCUGCCGCUUCCGGCACUGCCACACCCGCCACGACGUCCGGCACCACUCGCACUGCCUUUCCAAAGCACGCACGCUUGGAUGGUGCGAAGACCUUCGCGAACUGGACACGCCAACUUCGCCUGUGCCUAGCGGACGACAUCCGCUCGUACGUCCUCGACGGUAUCGCACCCGACGACUGGACACCUUCGCAACGCUCCGCUCGCGACGCCGUCGCUCGUGAGGUCCUUGCGAAUUCGAUUGACUCGGCCGAAGUCUCGGCAGUCCUCGACAAAAUCCCUACCGCCGACCUGACAGCGCCGACAAUCUACUCGACGCUGAAAUCGCGGUACGCCCCUGACGACGCCACCCGCACGCUCGAGCUCUUCUCACGACUCUGGGGUUUCCGUCCCAUGCCCGGCACGGUUGCCGAAUUCGACGGGUGGAUCAUGGACUUCAAAGCCGUUGCGCAAGAGAUCAUCGACACAAAGACAACUAUCAAUGAUGUUCUCGCCACACUCCUCCUUGCAAUCGCCCACCCGUCCCUCGAGAGCUUCAAGGCGUCGUUCACCGAUGAACAGCGCACGCAACGAACUCUCCCCGACAUUGAUUCGCUUGCCGACCGUAUGCGAGUCCAACUUCGGUCAACGAACAUCCCCAGCACUCAAUCGGCCCUUCUUGCCUCGUCGUCGUCACGUUCUACUCGUCUCAAGUGUCUCGCCUGUCGCAGCCCUUCGCACCGAGUCGCGGAGUGCCCUACGAGGGCGCAACACCCGCCGCCAGGACCCUGUCGCUCCUGCAAGAAGAAGGAUCACUGGUCUCUCGACUGCAAGAAGGCGCUCGAGGACGGCAAAAAGCCCGACACCGCUGACUCGACCGUCGACUCGCAACACCAUGUCGGAUGUCUCGCCACCGGUCUUCUCGCUCGUCGUCGCCAGCUUCGCAACCACUCUUUUGUCGUCGACUCGGGCGCCACUUCGCACAUGGUCUCGGACAAGUCGCUGUUCACGACCUAUCGCCAUAUCGCUCCUACGAAGAUUGGUGGUAUUGCAGGGGGCAUCAACGCCAUCGGAACGGGAAACAUCGCCUUCAUUGCCGCCUCGGGUCAUCCGAUCACGCUUACCGGCGUGCUGCACACUCCGGGCCUGUUUGUCAAUCUUCUCUCGGUCUCUCGACUUUGCGACACCGACGAUGUCCGUGUCGCCUUCACAAAACACGGCAUCCACAUUGACAAGGACGGCAACGACAUCGCUGAAGGCGCACGACUCGACGAAGGGCUCUACUUGCUGGACGCUGAUCAUUCCAAAUGUCAGCACCUUGCUCUCCUUUCUCGCUCACAGUCGUCCGUGCCCCUGCUGACUCUCCAUCGCUGCCUCGGCCAUCUCGCACCGUCCUCCAUACAGAAGAUGGUUGCCGCUGGUUUGCUGGAGGGUCUCAGGGCCGGAUAUAGUGACGAAGAGGUAGAGAAGUUUGUCUGCAAUGCUUGCCUCAGCGCAAAGGGCCAUCGUCUUCCCUUUCCCGAUUCGGAUUCGCACUCCUCAGAGAGACUCGGCCUUGUACACAGCGAUGUGCUUUCCUUCCCCGAGCGGUCCUUGACUGGCAAACGUUACCUGGUCACAUUCCUUGACGAUUACUCGCGCAAACUCUGGGCCUACGCAAUCGGACACAAAAGCGAAGUCUUCGGCAUAUUCAAAACUUGGCUAGCCGAGGUUGAACUCGAGACGGGUGCGACGCUGAAGGUCCUCCGAACCGACAACGGUGGCGAAUACUGUUCGAGAGCGUUCACAGAGUUCUGCAAGACACGAGGCACCCGUCGACAAUACUCUAUCCCACGCACGCCUCAACAGAACGGUCGUGCAGAGCGGGUCAAUCGUUCCAUUGUCGAAGGCGUCCUUGCCCUCCUUGUCGACGCCCACCUACCCAAGACAUUCUGGGAGGAGGCUGCAGCUUAUUUCGUUUACUGCAAGAACCUGUGUCAACACGCGGCCCUGGACAAGGCAACACCAAACUCCGUCUGGCAGGGUGACCACACCACUGCCUCGGCGCUUCACCCGUUCGGCUGUACAGCUUGGCUUACGGUCGCGCCCGAACUUCGCUCCAAACUCGACCCGAAGGCGGUUCGCGUUUUUUUCACCGGCUACGACCUGGCUUCAAAAGCCUUUCGCUUCUACGACACUACAACACAGAAGAUUAUACUUGGCAGAAAUGCCACGUUCCUCGACACUGAAUUCCCCGGAUUACAUGGCGACCCCACUGAGCAAGACGGCGACACGCACUUCGCCAGCGCUCCCACCACCGAAUCUCAAACCGUUGUCAAGACAUGGACCCCACUAGUAAGGUCGGCGCACAUGGACGUCUCAUCCCCCCUUGAUGAUUCUGCCAUGAGCGCCGUUGACGUGGCCCCAGGGUACACUGGCGGAACCUUACUUAACUUCACAGAUGCCGAAUCGUCCUCGUCACCGUCGCCUGCGUCGCCCUCAUCACCGUCGUCUGCGCCAUCGCCUGCACUUUCACCAUCGUCGGCUGCGUCAUCGUCACCCUCGGCCUUACCGACCGACUCUGAAGACUCCGCCGAUCCCCUCGACCUCCUCGGCUCACAGCCCCAGGUUCGCCUCGAUCUACAGGACGUGCACCACCCAGACUUCAGCACGUACCGCGAGCCCGCAUCGGCUGAGGAGUCGCCCGACGAACUCGACCUCAUUGGGCGCCACUCUCGCGACGAAUCUCCGGACGAAAUCGAUUUCCUCACCCGACACCACCGCGCCUUCAUCGCCAUCGACGACGACACCUCUGACACAGAGGCAAUUCAGCCAGUCAAGUCCAUCACGAGCGACCCACAGACCUGGCGCGAGGCGAUGUCUAGCGACAAGCGUGAAGUAUGGGCCAAAGCCGCCACCGACGAGUUCACCUCCAUGCGCGACGACUUCAAGGUCUUCACCAUCGAGGACCGAGCCACGGUGCCCGCGGGUGCGACUAUCGUUACAUCCAAGUUCGUCUGGAAAACGAAACGGAACGCACUCGGCGAAGUCACUGGACACAAGGCAAGGCUGGUCGCGCAAGGCAAUCGGCAACGCGACGGCAUCGACUUCAACGAAACGUUCGCACCGGUCGCACGCUUCUCCUCGAUACGCUCACUCCUCGCGCUGGCGGCCGCCAACGGCUUGCACGUGCACCAGGCGGACAUCGACAAAGCAUAUCUGCAUGGCGACCUUGACCACGACAUCUGGAUGACGGCACCGCGCGGCUUCGACCUUCCCAGCGACAAGGUGCUUCGCCUGCGACGCUCCAUCUACGGGCUCAAACAGGCUGGCCGAAUCUGGAAUCGACACAUCGACGCUUCGCUUCGGGCCCUCGGUUACACGGCGACGGGCACCGACCACUGCGUAUACUCUUGGCUCGAUGAUCGUCAAUGUCCACACUACAUCGCACUGUACGUCGACGACCUCCUGAUGAUCAGCCCGGAACUGGCCGAAAUCGAACGUGUCAUCUCAGGCCUGGACCAACGCUACGGAGUCAAGCGCCUCGGCCCGGCCGAGUAUAUCCUCGGCAUCCAGAUCAGGCGGUUCGACGACGGCUCUAUCGCCCUAUCCCAGGAACGGUACAUCAUGGACGUGCUCGCUCGGUUCCACUUCGACACCACGACUCGCGGCACUACAGUUCCGAUGACUCCCGGCCUUUCGCUCACUGCUAUCCCGGGUCAAGGCACCGAACGGAUCAGGUCAUGGUAUCUGCAGGCUAUCGGCUCGCUCCUCUACAUUUCGCUCGGUACCCGCCCUGACAUCGCCUUCGCCGUGUCCUACCUGGCCCGCUUCGCCAACAACCCCGGUCGUCGUCAUUGGAUUGCGGUCAAGCACAUCCUACGCUAUCUCCGGGCCACGUAUCGCAACGAACUCGUGUAUGCUCGCGGCCAGGCUCGCAUCACGGGUGUGGUAGGCUACUCCGACGCGAACUGGGGGGCCUGCAUCGACACAUCGGUGUCCACCAUGGGCUACGUCUUCUACAUCGCUGGCUCGGCCGUGUCCUGGUCGUCCAAACGCCAGUCUCGAGUUGCCGAUUCGACCACCGACGCUGAAUACCUCGCCCUCUCGCAUGCUGGCAAGGAAGGGAUUUACCUCAGUCAGCUGCUCGAAGAGCUCCAUGUACAACCUGUUGCACCGGCUCACAUCUUUACUGACAACGAAGCCGCUGCUGCAGUUGCUCACGAUCCUGUCCGCGUCUCUGGCACUCGGCACAUACGCUUGCGUGAGCACUUCGUUCGGGACAUGGUGAAUCGGGGCGACAUCUCUCUCUCGCAUGUGGGUACCAGCGACAUGGUGGCCGACAUCUUCACCAAGGCUCUCGGCCCAAAGGUCUUCUCAACGCACUGCUACGCCCUCGGCCUUCGCACUCGACACCCGCGGCUUGGGUCUGCCUCGCAUUCGCGUGGGGGGGGGUGUGAAGAGUCCACUCUCAGCUCGACAGGGGCGCCUCGGUCGUUGCGCGCACUUGCUAGCCCGCCCCCGGCGGUGGGGACUUAGACGCGCGCGACUGCCUCAGCGCGCCAGCGCCGGCGGAUUCAUGCGCGCGCCCGCUAGCCCGCCCCCUUGCGGUGGGGACUUAGGCGCGCCGGCGAUUUCACCCGCGGCUGACUUAGGGAUGUACAUUGUCACGCGCCUGGGACUAUCCCAGCGUGGCCCCCCCCUUUCUGUUUCUUAGCUUCCUUCUCAUCACUUCUGUUCGACUCUCAACCUCUCCUGACAGUAGUGGUGAACGUCUCAUAGGUACGCUGAAAUAGAUCACUUCUGUUCGACUCUCAACCUCUCCUGACAGUAGUGGUGAACGUCUCAUAACGUCUUCUACAUCGCUGGCUCGGCCGUGUCCUGGUCGUCCAAACGCCAGUCUCGAGUUGCCGAUUCGACCACCGACGCUGAAUACCUCGCCCUCUCGCAUGCUGGCAAGGAAGGGAUUUACCUCAGUCAGCUGCUCGAAGAGCUCCAUGUACAACCUGUUGCACCGGCUCACAUCUUUACUGACAACGAAGCCGCUGCUGCAGUUGCUCACGAUCCUGUCCGCGUCUCUGGCACUCGGCACAUACGCUUGCGUGAGCACUUCGUUCGGGACAUGGUGAAUCGGGGCGACAUCUCUCUCUCGCAUGUGGGUACCAGCGACAUGGUGGCCGACAUCUUCACCAAGGCUCUCGGCCCAAAGGUCUUCUCAACGCACUGCUACGCCCUCGGCCUUCGCACUCGACACCCGCGGCUUGGGUCUGCCUCGCAUUCGCGUGGGGGGGGUGUGAAGAGUCCACUCUCAGCUCGACAGGGGCGCCUCGGUCGUUGCGCGCACUUGCUAGCCCGCCCCCGGCGGUGGGGACUUAGACGCGCGCGACUGCCUCAGCGCGCCAGCGCCGGCGGAUUCAUGCGCGCGCCCGCUAGCCCGCCCCCUUGCGGUGGGGACUUAGGCGCGCCGGCGAUUUCACCCGCGGCUGACUUAGGGAUGUACAUUGUCACGCGCCUGGGACUAUCCCAGCGUGGCCCCCCCUUUCUGUUUCUUAGCUUCCUUCUCAUCACUUCUGUUCGACUCUCAACCUCUCCUGACAGUAGUGGUGAACGUCUCAUAGGGGGGAGGAACCACGCGGUCGUCAAAGAGGCCGAACUCGAGAGGCCGAACGGAGAGGAGGCGGACGACGCGAAGACGAAGGGCGGGAGGGCGGGAAUGCUCGUCCAGGGUGUGGGACUGAGCGGUGAGAGAAGCUGGGACUGUCGCUAG